UUUUUUUUAUUUAAAAGAAAAAAAAAAAAUUUUUUUUUAUAUAUAUAUUAUAUAUUAUAUAUUAUUAUUAUUAUUUUACUUUUUUCUUUUUUAAAACAAUUACAAUGAAUAAUCAAAAUGAUGAUGAUAAGAAAGGUAAAGAUAAACAAGAAAAAUCCAAAACAAAGGUUAAUUCUAAUCCACUCGAAAAUAUUAAUGAUGGUGAUGAUAAAAACGUGAGAUUUACUGCGCCAUAUAACCAAACUUCAAAAAUUGGUUCCAAUUAUAAGAAUGAUAAUGUUAAUCAAUCUUAUAAAACUCCUGAAAUUCAAAAUAAUAAUGAUAAAAGAAAAAGUAUCAAUGAAGGAUCCACUAGAGUUAAUUUAUACGAGCAUACUGAAAAUAAUGAUCAAUUGUGGAAACAACAAGUUGAAAAUACAACAAACAGUUUUAUGGAAAAUUCAACAGGGCAACGCGCUUCCACAUCACAAAAUAAUGAAGAAAGUGCAUCGACCACUCAGGAUCAAUCUCAACGCAGUUUAUUUACUGGAGGAUUUUCCUCUUUUUAUAAUACAGCAAAAAAUAUAAAAAAUAUAGCCAAGAAUUUAAGACGAACUGAAGAAGAAGAACCAGAUGAUAAACACAUCAAGAUGCAUUUUCAUGUGCAUUUGCCUCAUCAAAUUUCUGGAAUAGGAGAACCUAUUUUGAUUGGUAGUAUACCGGAGUUUGGUGAAUGGACUGAACCUAAAGUUAAACUUCGUCAACUUAAACGGAAUUUUCAAAGUUAUACGUAUUGGUAUUCAGACCCUAUUAAAAUUCCGAUCGAAAGGUUUCAUAAUGCUGUUAUUCAAUAUAAGUAUG